AUGUGUGAAAAAAAGGUGUAUAAGCCCGCGGUGUCUCAUCGUGACCUGAACAGCCGGAAUGUUCUGGUGCGUAACGACGGCACGUGUGUCAUCAGUGACUUCGGCCUCUCCAUGAAACUCACUGGCAACCGCCUGCUACGCCCAGGAGAGGAGGAGAACGCAGCCAUCAGCGAGGUGGGUACUAUCCGCUACAUGGCGCCUGAGGUCCUGGAAGGUGCGGUGAAUCUGAGAGACUGCGAGUCGGCUCUGAAGCAAGUGGACAUGUACGCACUGGGCCUCAUCUACUGGGAGAUCUUCAUGAGAUGCACCGACCUGUUCCCAGGGGAGAGUGUUCCGGAGUACCAGAUGGCGUUCCAGGCGGAGGCGGGGAACCACCCGUCCUUUGAGGACAUGCAGCUACUGGUCAGCAGGGAGAAGCAGAGGCCCAAGUUCCCCGAAGCAUGGAAGGAGAACAGCCUGGCGGUGCGUUCUCUAAAGGAGACGAUGGAUGACUGCUGGGAUCAGGAUGCGGAGGCCCGCCUGACAGCUCAGUGUGCAGAGGAGCGGCUGGCGGAGCUGAUGCUGAUAUGGGACCGCAGCAAACCAGUCAGCCCCACACUCAACCCCAUGACUACUACAGCACUGCACAAUGAGAGGAAUCUGACGUCCAGUCGUCGCUUGGCCAACCUGCCCCCCUACCCCGACUUCUCCUCCUCCUCCUACAUCGAGGACCAGGAAGUAGGGGGUGUGGUCAAGAACCUGCAGGCCGACGCCCCCUUCUCCUCAUCAUGUCCCACCCCUGCCACCUCCCUACUGGCCAAUGGCGUGUCAGCAUUCGGACCGGGAGCCAAUGGCAUUGCGGGGAUGGGGGUGGUGGUGGAGAAGAACCGUAACUCCAUCAACUACGAGAGGCAACAGGCUCAGCAACAGGCCCAGCAGCAGGCCGGCUCUCAACCGGGUCCGGGCCAGGCUCAGACGGGGUUCGGAAUCGGAUCCGGCCCUGGUGCUGGUCUGGGUCUCAGUAAUGGCGCCGUUCCUGGCGCUGGCCUCGGUCUUGGUUCUGCUGGUGGUUCUGGCGUGUCGGGUCACGGUGCUGGUGGUGUUGGUGGGGGUGCACAACCACAGCAGCAGCAGCCGAGUCCCGAUGGGGGGGGCAGCUCCACUGGCAGCCUGAGUCUCAGCCUGAGCCUGAGUCUGAGUGGGGGCUCCAGCGGCGCCACCUGCAGUACCACGGUGGCAACUACCCCCGGAUCCAUCUCAGCAGCCUCCUCCGCACUCAUGGGGGGCUCCGACGCAUCAGCAGCAGCAGCUAUGGGGGGGCUGGGCUCGCUCUCGGCCGAUGACGCAGGGCUUGGACCAGGGAUGCUGAGUAGUGGAGUAAGUGGUGGUGGUGGUGGGAGUGUUAUGAACGGACCUGGAGCUGCGUUGUUGGGUGGCAGCUCCGGUUCUGGUGGCGGGUCGUCGUCAACGGUUCCGGCGUGCCUGCAGCUGACCCAGGAGGACCUGGAGCCCAGCAAGCUGGACCCGCGCGAAGUGGACCGCAACCUGAAGGAGAGCUCUGACGAGAACCUGAUGGAGCACUCGCUCAAGCAGUUCAGCAGCGGCAGUGGUGGUGCUGGCACCAACAACACCAUCGACCCACUGGGCCCUAAUGGCACCGGCGCCAUUACCAGUCUGCGAGCCGGGUCGGGGUUGGGCUCUGGGUCGGGAGGUGACUCUGCUGCGGCGGCGUUGUCGGCGGCAGGGGGUGUUAUUGUUAACGGUGUUGGUGGUUCUGACCCGAUGGGCAUGAGCAUGGGGCUGUUCCCACUCCCCAAACAACAGAACCUGCCCAAGAGACCCAGCAGCCUCCCUCUGGCCCCAAAACAACCCACCGCUAACACCACCACCACUUCCUCCUCCUCCUCCUCCUCCUCCUCCUCUCGUUCGCGUCUCCACAACCACAAGUCCAACCUGCGACAGCUGGAGGCAGUGGGCGGAGCCAAGAUCAACUCCAACUCCAACUCCGCCCCUCUGGUCGCCACGGGCAACGAGGCCCAGCCGGUUGCUGUGAGCAACGGAGCUGUCGGCAAUGGCGGGCGGUCUGCUGUGGUUGUCAACGGUUACGCCGGGGGAGGCAACAGCAACCCUGCGGGGCCCCGACAGGACGUGGAUGGGCGGGGCUUAUCAGAGCAAGAUGGCCGCCUGCUAGCCAGCAUUGCCAGCAGCCCUGACGAGCAUGAGCCUCUGCUGCGCACAAACAGUAACAACAACAACAACAACAAGAUGGCCGCCACGGCAGCACACUCGCACUCGCGCAGUCUCAGCAACACACACGCCGGCGCUAAUAAUAAUGUGUGAGCAUAUGUGUGUGUGUGUGGGAGCGUAUGUGUGUGUGUAUGAUAAUGGGUCUUGGCAGGAUUCCUUUUCAAAACUGAAUGACUAGCCCCUCCCAACACGUCAGCUCCACCAAUCCCCUUUCAGCCUGUAGGGGCGGGACUAGAACGCUCUGUGGAACACUGGACUGACCAAUCAGAGCUUGAGGGGGCUUGAGAAAGGGGUGGAGGAAAGAGGACACCAAGACUGGAUAUUUCUCAAA